AUGGAAACUCCGGCCGCGUCUUUCCUCCCCGACAACGCGGGCGACGAGGAUCCCUCGCCAGAAUCGGCUUCCUAUGUUCAGGAAGAGGGCGAAUACUCUGGCACUCCUUCUAACACUGCCCAGGAGCUCACCACAGAAGAUGCUGCGCCCGACGCCAAGCAGGUCAAGACCCCGCAUAUGCAAAAGAGACGGCGAGUGACCCGGGCCUGUGACGAGUGCCGCAAGAAAAAAAUUAAGUGCGAUGGCAAGCAACCAUGCACCCAUUGCACUGUCUACAGCUAUGAAUGCACUUACGAUCAACCUUCGAAUCGCCGCCGCAACCCCGCACCGCAGUAUGUCGAAGCGCUCGAGAGCCGCUUGCACAAAGCCGAAGCCCUCCUCCGUGUCGUCCUUCCCGACUUGAAUCUCGAUGAUCCGCAGUUCGAUGUGCAUGCAACAGAGCAGAUGUUAUUGGCGUUCAAGCGGGAAAAGCUGCAGCAGCCACCACAGCCGCCGGCGCAGCCACCCACGCAACUACCGGACACAAAUGGCUCCGCGGACGCUCAGGGCUCGGAUGGAGCUGGAGCUGAUGAGUCAUUGCUGGAAUCGAUGGUCGACAAGUCUGGGUCCCUUGAUCUGGACGACCAGGGCCAUUGGGAUUACCACGGGCAUACGUCUGGUAUCAUCUUUCUUCGCCGGCUCCGUAAACAGCUUGGAGUCAGUCAGCCGGGCGGUAGCGAGAUCCCCUUGCGUACACGGCCCGCCCUGCAGCACUUUUUGGAGAGCCCCAAAUCGACAUCCGAUUCUCCGCAAGAGCCAUCCCUGCCUCCGACCCACGAUCUGCCGCCUCGCGACGUUGCACGGCGUCUGUGUCACAAUGCGUUAGAGGAUGGAUGUGCAAUCAUACGCUUCGUGCACGAGCCAUCAUUCUAUGCGCUGUUAGAUCGAGUUUAUGAUACGCCUCCGGAGCAAUUCACCAAUGAAGAGAAUUCCUUCCUGCCGCUGCUGUAUAUCGUUAUGUCUGUUGGCUGUUUAUUUUCCGACGAUGGGGCUGGAACCUUGGAUUUAUCUGGAUAUGAAAGCGCGAUAGGUCAAGGAUUUCAGUACUUCAAGGCCGGUCGGCAAUUACUGGAAAUUACUGAUUGCCGUGAUUUGUUGUCUUUGCAAGCGAUCUGCUUCAUGGUUAUAUUCUUACAGUCCUCUGCCAAAUUGAGCACCUGCUAUUCAUAUGUCGGAAUCGCUUUGCGCUCUUCGCUCCGACUCGGUCUGCAUCGUUCCGUCACUGCCAAUUUCAACCCAGUCGAACGGGAAUUACGCCGUCGCAUAUUCUGGGUGAUCCGAAAAAUGGAUGUCUACGUUAGCACACUGCUUGGCCUCCCACAGAUGCUGAGCGAUGACGACAUUGACCAGGAGUACCCGAUGUCGAUCGACGGAGAGUUUAUCACCGAAAAUGGAAUACUGCCGACGCCGGAAGGCCGGAUACAUGCGAUGGUUGGCGCCAAUGCACACACGCGACUAUCGGUUAUCGUCCUCAAAAUCGUUAAAUACAUAUACCCUCUCAAGACCGCGCAACACCGGUCUGAGUCGGAUCAGCGCUAUGUUGUCAGUCAUUCGAAAAUUAGGGAGAUCGAGCGGGAUCUCCAGAAUUGGAUGGAAGAGCUUCCUGCGGCGCUGCGGCCGGGGACCGAAGUUUCUCCCCAGAUUGAACGGAUACGGCAACUUUUACGUAUCAGCUAUGCCCAUGCGCAAAUGGUCAUGUACCGACCUUUCCUGCAUUAUGUUUCCAGCGGAUCGCAAGCUCGAGGGGUAGACCGACGUUCGUACGCCUGCGCCGCCGCCUGUGUCAGCGUUUCACGAAACAUCGUUCAUAUCACCACCGGGAUGCAUAAAAAGGGACUUCUUAAUGGCUCUUUCUGGUUUACCAUGUACACCACGUACUUUGCCAUUUUAUCGCUGCUCUUCUUUGUGCUCGAGAAUCCCGACUCGCCGACGGCAAAAGACGGCGUUCUCAAGGACGCCAUGGAGGGCAAAAACACGCUUGCUGGGCUAGCAAAGAAGAGUCUUGCAGCUGACCGUUGCUCGCAAAGCCUCAAUUGCCUCUUCAAGAACCUCCCUGAGCUGCUCAAGAACAGGCAGAGCUCAAAGACUCAGGUUAAUCUGAAACGACCAGCACCCUCUAACCAACCCGCGCCUGAACCGCAGCCAGGAUCGCUACAAAGAGCAAGCACUUUCCCUGUCCAACUUCUCAGUCGCCCGUCCAAGCAGGACGGUAAUAGAAGCCCCAAGAGCUUGGAUGAUAACCAUCCACCUCGUUCGCCCGCCAAACCACGCGCAAAUCGCCGAUCGUGGGUUCAGCCUUCUGAAACUCCGACUAGUGCUGUAUCAACUCCACCAGAACAUACACCACCUUCCAGUGCACAAAUGAUGCCUCGGACUUUGCCUAUAAGGGAGGCCCCGACGGCACAGUUCACACAGCCAAUGCCGAACACCACUGGUUUCCCGGAUCUUAUGCCCAUCAUGUUUCCGUCGGAUGAUCCAUUUGCGUAUCCCACGCAACCGAUGUCGACGCUCGAAAACGAUCAUUUCCAAUUUGACGGCAAUGCGACUACAGCACCAUUCAUGUCUUCAAUUCCCACCACUGUGGACCAGAACACUUUGAACGGCUUUGGCGGCUUACCAAUGUUCCAGAAUGCGACCCAGAGCAGCAUAGGUGCGGCCCUCUCAGGUCGAUUGUCAGGAUCGCAUAUGCAGUCACCUGUUUCGCAUGUGUCAACUCCGGGCGAAGCCGUCAACAGCCCCGAUCUUGUCUCCAUCCCGAACCAGAAUUUCAUCUGGCAAGGAUACGGCAUAGACCAGAAUCAGAAUUACGUCCCUGAUGCGACGAUGCAGCAAAUGCCUACCGGCAUAGAGCAGCCUUUUGGCAUGGCGGACGAUAGCGCCUUCAACGCCGGCCUCGAUCUUCCUGGAGUCCCAUUGGAUGACAUAUUCGGCAACACAGACAUGAAGAACGGCUUUGCGAAUGACGAUUGGACUCAGUGGAUGAACAUUGGGUAG